GGUCCCCAGGGGAGGCUGCUGCCCGUCCCCCCGAGGCCCAGAGAUCCUAGCUCCGAGCCCUUCGCUCCCUCGGCAGCGGAGGGACCGGGCAGCUGCGCAGCCUUCGCCGCUCCCGGUUUUGGGGGCACCGCGGAGCAUGUCCGAGGAGAGCGACAUGGAGAAAACCAUCAAGGAAACUUCCAUUUUAGAAGAAUACAAUAUCAACUGGACUCAGAAGCUGGGAGCUGGAAUUAGUGGUCCAGUUAGAGUCUGUGUGAAGAAAUCUACCCAAGAGCGAUUUGCACUGAAAAUUCUUCUUGAUCGUCCAAAAGCUAGAAAUGAGGUACGUCUGCACAUGAUGUGUGCUACACACCCAAAUAUAGUUCAGAUUAUUGAAGUGUUUGCUAACAGUGUACAGUUUCCUCAUGAGUCCAGCCCCAGGGCUCGACUCUUAAUUGUAAUGGAGAUGAUGGAAGGGGGAGAGCUAUUUCACAGAAUCAGCCAGCACCGGCACUUUACAGAGAAGCAAGCCAGCCAAGUAACAAAGCAGAUAGCUUUGGCUCUACAGCAUUGUCACUUGUUAAACAUCGCGCACAGAGACCUCAAGCCUGAAAAUCUGCUUUUCAAGGAUAACUCUUUGGAUGCUCCAGUGAAGUUGUGUGACUUUGGAUUUGCCAAAAUUGACCAAGGUGAUUUGAUGACACCCCAAUUCACCCCUUAUUAUGUAGCACCUCAGGUACUGGAGGCACAGAGAAGACACCAGAAGGAGAAGUCUGGCAUCAUACCUACCUCACCAACACCCUACACUUAUAACAAGAGUUGUGACUUGUGGUCCCUAGGAGUGAUUAUUUAUGUGAUGCUGUGUGGAUACCCUCCUUUUUACUCCAAACACCACAGCCGGACUAUCCCAAAGGAUAUGCGAAGAAAGAUCAUGACAGGCAGUUUCGAGUUCCCAGAGGAAGAGUGGAGUCAGAUUUCGGAGAUGGCCAAAGAUGUUGUGAGGAAGCUACUGAAAGUCAAACCAGAAGAAAGACUCACCAUUGAGGGAGUGUUGGACCACCCCUGGCUCAACUCGACUGAGGCCCUGGAUAAUGUGCUACCCUCUGCUCAACUGAUGAUGGAUAAGGCGGUGGUUGCAGGAAUCCAGCAGGCUCAUGCAGAGCAACUGGCCAACAUGAGAAUCCAAGAUCUGAAAGUUAGCCUCAAACCCCUGCACUCAGUGAACAACCCCAUUCUGCGGAAGAGGAAGUUACUUGGCACCAGGCCAAAGGAUGGUGUUUAUAUCCAUGACCAUGAGAAUGGAGCCGAGGAUUCAAAUGUUGCUUUGGAAAAGCUCCGAGAUGUGAUUGCUCAGUGUAUUCUCCCCCAGGCUGGAGAGAAUGAAGAUGAGAAGCUGAAUGAAGUAAUGCAGGAGGCUUGGAAAUAUAACCGGGAAUGCAAACUCCUGAGAGAUACUCUGCAAAGCUUCAGCUGGAAUGGUCGUGGAUUCACAGAUAAAGUAGAUCGACUAAAACUGGCAGAAAUUGUGAAGCAAGUGAUAGAAGAGCAAACCACGUCCCAUGAAUCCCAAUAAUGACAGCUUCAAACAUUGUUUUUUUAACAAUUUGAAAAAUUAUUCUUUAAUGUAUAAAGUAAUUUUUGUGUAAAUUAAUAAAUCAUAAUUUCAUUUCCACAUUGAUUAAAGUUGCUGUAUAGAUUUAAGGUACAGGAUUUACUAAUAGUAUAGUUAUUGUUUGGUUUUAAAAGCUCAGUUCCUAGAGAUAAGCUAUAAUUUUAGGACUGUCUAGUCUUAUAUUUGUAAGAUGACAGAUGGUAUUAUCAAGCAAGAUUGUUUUAUUUGUAAUAAAGUAUACAAAGACCACUUGCAAGAGGUAGAUAAAGGACCAACUCUACUGAUCUUUCUGCUUAGUAAACAGAUGAAUCAAG